AUGGGAACAAUGAAUGAUGAAUUUUAUUCCGGUGUUAAUGAUAUUAAAAACAACAACAUAAAUAAAGAUCCUCCUGAACGCAAUGGCAGAAUCAUUGUAAGAAAUAUAUCUUUUAAAGCUACAAAGGAAGCUCUAAAGGAGCAUUUUUCUAAGUUUGGGACUGUAAAUGAAGUGAAUCUGUUAAAAAAACCAGAUGGAAGGCUUGUUGGAUGUGGUUUCGUGCACUUUGAAGAUGUUGCAAUUGCUGAGAAGGCUAUUAAGGCUACAAAUAAAAGACCAUUUUUGGAUCGCCCCAUUUAUGUAGCUUUUGCAGUACCUAAAAAGAACUAUGUACAAAAUAUACAAAACGAAGAUGCAAGAAGAAGGUUUAACAGCAUUUCAUCAGAAGAUGACCAUAAAUCCAAUGUUAAAAAUGAGAAAAGUGAUGUCACAGAAAAGCCUAAAGAAGAAAAAAAUAAAAUACGAAUAAACCGCAAUGCUCGUCUUAUUCUUCGUAAUGUGUCUUUCAAAGCGACUGAAGAGACAUUAAAGGAGCAUUUUGAACCUUAUGGUGAUGUAUUGGAGGUGAAAUUGCUUAAAAAACCUGAUGGAAAGCUGGUUGGAUGUGCUUUUGUACAUUUUAAGAAUGUACCAAUGGCAAAGAAAGCACUGUUAAAUACAAAUAUGAAACCAUUUUUAGGUCGACCUAUAUCUGUGGACUGGGCGGUCGCCAAGAAUAAAUAUAUGCAGCAUCAAGUGAACCAGCAGAUUGAACUGGAAGAGAAUGUGAAACAAGAGUCAGACAGUGAUAAUGAUCAAAAACCAUUAAAUGUGUCUACUGAUGAAGUAAAGUCUGAGGUUAAGAGUGAGAGUGAUUCAGAUGCAGAAUCAGACAAAGAUGAUUCAGAUAGUGAUAAUGAUGACGAGAGUGACCAGGAACAAGAGUCGGAAGAAGACGAUCAAAGUGACUUUAAUGAAGAUGAGGAAGCAGAUGUAGACGAAAAAGUUAAUAUCAAGGAAGAAAGACAACGUAUAAAACUAAACGACGCAGAAGAUGGAUGUACUGUUUUUAUUACAAACAUACCAUUCAGCGUAGAUAAUGACCAGCUCAAGGAGUUUGCAGAGAGAACUGGACCUGUGAAAUACGCACUCAUCUGUGUUGACAGAAUGACAGAGCAUUCAAAAGGCUCUGGAUUCGUUAAGUUUGCUAGUCAAGAGCAUGCCGACACAUUUUUAUCACUACCAGCCGACCAACUGAAGUUAGACGGUCAAGUGCUGCAAAUAAAGCCAGCUCUAAAAAGAGAAAACUUACAGAAAGGAAACAAGAAGGAAGCUAAGGACAACAGGAACUUGUAUCUGGUUAAAGAAGGAGUUGUAGUAGCGGGCACGAAAGCAGCGGUAGGCGUGUCCGCCUCUGACAUGUCUAAGCGACUCACGCUCGAACGCAGCAAAACACAGAUGUUGAAGAAUUUGAACAGAUUCGUAUCCCGGUAUCGUCUAGUGGUAUCCAACUUGCCCGCACACUUUGACGACUCCAAGCUCCGACGUAUAUGCGUGAACGCAGGAGAUAAGCGAGCCACCGUCACUGAGUGUAGGGUGAUGAGAGACUUAAGGACGCCCCCUGGGAGGGAUGGCAAGCAUCCGUCGAAAGGCUACGGUUUCGUUAUGUUCACACGACAUGAAGACGCUUUGGCGUGCCUACGAAAACUCAACAACAAUCCAGAUAUAUUUGACAAAAACAAUAGGCCAAUCGUAUCUUUUUCAAUAGAAGACAGAACAGCAUUAAACGCACGCAAGAAAAGACUAGAAAAAUCUAUAGCUAACAAUCCAUUAGCAAAGAAGAAUGAAAAUGAUGAAAAUGGUACCACAGAUAACAAUAAGAAAAAUAGGAAGAGAAAAUCUAAGAUAGCACCAGAUGAAAGUUACGCAGCCGCAAAGAGAAGAAAAUUCGGGAAAAAUAAAUUCAGUCAAAAUCAAAAUAUGGAAGGUAAUAAUGAUAUAGGCGGAAAGUUUGUCAAAAAGCCUAGAGAAGAUGAUUUUGGCGAAUACACAGGGUUAACAGCGAAGCAGGGAGCCCAACACAAAAUGAGGAGUAACCAUAAAUUGAGAGCGCAGGCGGAUAUCCAUAGACAGACUGUUAAGAUGGAGAAAAAGAAGAGUAAGAGAUCACAGCGAUUCAAGAUGGCGGCGAAAGAAAGAGUAAAGCAGCCGAAACAGAAGAUAAACAAAAACCCCAACCAAAAGAGAAAUAAGAAGUUUAAACCUAAAUCUAAGUAUGAAAUGUUGAGAGGAUAA